AUGGAUUCUCUCAGGAUACCUGGCGGGAUCCCUGAAGCUUGGGAACGCACUUUCGCCUUCUGCGCCCCCCAGCUAGUGGACCCGGACAGCGACUUAUCGAAACAGUACCCUGAUCUCCAUCAGACGUUCAGCACUCGCUUGACCGCUGCUCUGGCUGCAAGAAACAACGAGCCAAUCUCGAAGUGUAACCACCUUCACCCGGAAACCCACACUCGAUUCGACUCUCAAGAGGCCCAAGAGACGUCCAGACUGAGUGUAAGAGAGGUGUACAAGAAGGAAGACGACUUGGAUUGCCGGCGCUAUAAAAUCUGUGCAGACCUCAGGGAACGAGCGCAGAUCUAUGGCUUUAUCGGAGCCGGAACAUUUGCCACCGUUUUCCUCGCUCGCGAGAAGCGAUCCAACAAGAAAACUCCCGAAGAGCAGCCCCGCCACUACGCCCUCAAGGUGGAAAGAGCCAACACCAUUCUCCAGGCGGGGGAGUCCGACUUGCAUGAGUGCCCAUUUACCCUGCUGCGCGAAGAGGGUGCUGACCGGUACAUACCGUCCGAGGCUCUGAUUCUGCUGUUAUUGACCGGUUGUGACAGAUUCCCCAUGCUUGACUCUGUCUACCUUGACGGCUGCUACCAGACGAUCGUCAUGUCCCCCUGCGUGGACUAUUCGCCAGACCGAAAGCCUUUGAAAAGCAACACGUACAACCGGUGCUUUCCAGGCUUCACAGGUAGGUUCUUGAUCACCCAGAGGAAUGAGCCCCUUCUCAACGAAAUGCAGGCUUGUAAAGUCGCUUGUCAGCUGCUGGAGGCCAUCGCCUACAUGGCGGAUAUGAAUAUGUACCACGGUGACAUCUCGAUCAACAACUACGUUGUGGAUCAAGACCUGAAUAAUCUCGCAAAUACCAACCGGUUACAGGUCCAGCUCAUUGAUUUCGGGAUCGUCGACUUUGGACUCGAGCACAAAGACUUCCAGCGUGGGUUCUUCCAUUUCAUGGCUUGCCAUGAGUAUCAGAUGAGACCCGAGCUGGCUGAAGAGCUAACCUUGGGCAGUUACCAGUACGAUCUGCACUACCAUUCGGAGUUCAGUGUUCGUCUUCAUCACGACGUCCGCAAUGUAUGUCUCUGGAAGUUUGCGGUGUCUGUUUUUGGCAUUCUGCACGGCUACUGGCCCUGGGACUUAACCCCGGAGCAAGGUGACCUGCACCUGCUGGAUUACAAUGGUGGUUCCAGCGCCGGAGUGGAUGCUCGACGAACCAGAAUGAUGGCCCAGCCCGUGGAAGUCGCCAAUCACUUGUCCGAUGAGUGCAAGGAGGCUCUGCAGCUCAUGCUCAGCAGGAAGCCUGAGGACCGUCCUGGGAUCAAGAGGCUAUUGCGCCAACCUUGGUUUCAAAAGUGGAAGUCCGUGGAUGGUCCUCUUACGAGGCCUUAUUCCAAGGAGUUUGCGAGUUCCUUUAUCACUGAGGCCUGA